AUGUCAGGUAAUGAUUCUCCAAUUCCAGGCAAUGCCACAGUUAAAAUUGAGCAACUACAAUCGUUUACUAGUCUUCAAUCUCAAGUUACCUCACCACAAAAGACCAUGAACGAAACCAAUACCCAUUUUCGAUAUUUGUUACAAAAUACAAAUAAUGAAACCAUUCUAGAGGUCAAUGCGGAUGAAGGGCCGUCUUGUAUAGGACCAUUAUCAGGAAAAUGCAGGUAUAUUGCAGCACAGCCUGAGGUGGAUGACAAAAACUGGAGCUUACCAUUGGGAAGAGUUCCACCCAACCAAUCUGUUGAUGCGGAAGUUGAUAUGAAUGAUGAUGAUGCAUCUUACGAGUUUGUUGAUGGGAAGAAUAACGCAGACAUACAAACUGCUGUGAAUACUUUUUGGCAAGCUUAUAACAACAAAAGCUCCAAACUGAGUAAUGAUGAAAAGCUUGAAAUGGCCAAAGAAGUUUGCAACACUUUAUAUGAUAUGGCAGAUCGAUGGAAUGGAAACACAUCAAAAAAACAACGUAGACAUAGGUAUUCUCCUAAGUAA